AUGGCCACCGAAGUAUCCAACGACUACACCAAGGCAACUACGACCCGAGAGAAAUCUAACAUCCAAGCAGCAAGACCUUCCUCGCCAGACUGUGCGAGCAGGCUGAGCGUUACGAUGGUACAGAUGGUUACCUACAUGAAGGUUCNNGCAGCUGCAUCACCCCCUGACGAUCUCCACCUUGCUAACCAUCAAUUCGCCAUAACAGGAAGUCGCCAAGGUAAUUCCAACUCGGCCCAGACAACUCCCUCAACCACUAACAACAGCCAGAUCGGUGGUGAACUCACCGUUGACGAGCGCAACCUCCUCUCUGUCGCCUACAAGAACGUUGUCGGUACCAGACGUGCCUCGUGGCGCAUCAUCUCCUCAAUCGAGCAGAAGGAGGAGCAAAAGGGUUCCGACAAGCACGUUACCAUCAUCCGCGACUACCGUCAGAAGAUCGAGACCGAGCUCGAGAAGGUCUGCCAGGAUGUCCUUGACGUCCUUGACGAGUCCUUGAUCCCUAAGGCCGAGUCUGGCGAGAGCAAAGUCUUCUACCACAAGAUGUGUGUUUACAUUACAUCAUUGAUUUUGAGUUACUUUUCUGACACUCAUCCAGGANAGGGUGACUACCACCGUUACCUCGCCGAGUUCGCUUCCGGCGACAAGCGCAAGACUGCCGCCACCGCUGCCCACGAGGCCUACAAGGUAUGUGGCCAUUCAACCCUGUCGCUGCACUGGACCCUCGCUGACCAACUCUUCCUCAGANGCGCUACCGACGUCGCCCAAACUGAGCUUACUCCUACUCACCCCAUCCGUCUGGGUCUUGCCCUCAACUUCUCCGUCUUCUACUACGAGAUCCUCAACUCCCCUGACCGCGCAUGCCACCUCGCCAAGCAGGCCUUUGACGACGCCAUCGCCGAGCUCGACUCGCUCUCAGAGGAGUCUUACCGCGACAGCACCCUCAUCAUGCAGCUCCUCCGUGACAACCUCACCCUCUGGACCUCGUCCGACGGCAACGAGCCAGAGCCCGCUGCCGCCUCCGAGGCCCCCAAGACCGAGGAAUCCAAGACCACCGAGUCUGUCGAGGAGCCCAAGGCCGAGGCCUCGUAA